UAGCUUAAUUUUCUCACAAAUAUAUUUAUUUAUGACACAAAUAUGUGUUGUAUACAAACACUUAUGACAAUAGUUCAACACAGGUUGGUUUUACGGGUUGCCUUACCCAAUAGAGGUUGGUUGUACAGAAGAAAACCCUCACCCAACCUUAAACUUCAACUUUGACAAUAAAUACGGGUGGGUUAGGUCGGAUUGGACGGAUGGGUCGGUUUGCGGGUUGUUUUGUUCACCCCUAGAUACAGGAGUCACGGACAACUUCCUUCGUAUCAAGGAGGCAAACCGGUUGGGUAUUGCCUACGAGAAGGGGGCAAGGGUGGCUCAAGACGAUUAAUUCGGAUUCCAUCCCAAUUCAUGGAAUUGCUCACAAUGUCCCAGUGAAGCUUGGCGAAUGGGAAGGCAUCAUCGGCUUCUUCGUCGUUACCAUGGAUGAACACCCAGUCAUCCUCGACAUUAACUUAGCUUCCUCGACAAGAAGGUAAUGCUCUUGAAGCCCAACUCCAACAUGAUGUGCUUGGAGAAGGGAGAGAAGUUUCACGCGGUCCAUCUCUUAAGGGAGGAUGGACCCCAUAGUGCUUUGUCCACUAUGAAGGAUUUGAAGGGGUUCAAAAAGAAGGAGCCAGCAUUUCUUGUCUCCUUGAAGAUGGAGGAAGAAGGAGGCUCAAUGGGAACCACAACUCCCAUCAUCGACGGCGUUCUCGAAAAAUUCGAUGACGUGAUGCAAAAGGAGUAGCCUAAAAAGCUUCCACCAAGAAGAGAGGUGGACUACAAGAUCGAGUUGGAGUCGGAAGCCAAGCCCCCCUCGCGAGCACCAUACCGCAUGGCCCCAUGAGAGCUAGAGGAGUUGUGGAGGCAGCUCAAAAACUCGUUGGGUGCAGGCUAUAUGCAGCCAUCGAAGUCACCUUAUGGUGAAGAAGGAAGGGUCGUUGUGCAUGUGCAUCGACACCUCCAUAUAUGCACCCUCAAGUAGAAAUUCGUGAGGUUCUACACCCAAAGCGGACAAUAUCUUAUCAGAAAAAGGUUCGAGAUGUUACAUUGUCCAUUUGGGAAAAAAUAAAAGAUUGAGAACAUA